GUUUUGGUUCCAGCUUUGGUCGGUCGUUGUUUUUAGCCCGGUGAAGACUAGUGGUGCGGUUGUGUCGCGGUCGCGAUUGUUGUUGUUAUUGGCGAUUUGUACGGGACUUUUCCGUUCUCUGAAGCCGUUCUUUGUAUUGGGAGUGUGGUUAUUUCGUUUCUUUUUUUUUGUUAUUGCGGUUCGAGCGAGGAUUUGAACGCGAGUGUGUCACGUCUGCUGCUGGAAGGAGUGCGGGUGCAAUGUGCAGCUCGAAGAUGAAGAUGAUUCUGAGCAUACGGCUGAUCCCAUAACUUGACCAUUAUCUGCAUCCAAACGCAUCGCUUGUCUGUCCUUUCGAAGAUCUAGAAAUAAAUACCAUAAAAAAAGUUCUAAGUGAGUGUUUGUGCGAUCGCGCCGCCAUUUUCUUCUUCUUUCUCAAAAAUUUCUACGACCUCCAACCUCCAACAACGAUUCCGCAUGAAUGGAUAAGCACAGCCGAUCGAAGCCAACGCUCGAAGACUACAUUAUCGACAUGGAGACGCGACCGCCCGACAGCGGCCAGACGGCCGAUAAGGACGUUUGGGCCCAGCUGAGGCAAAAGGAAGAGGACCUGCUGCUGGCGGCCGAACUCGGCAAGGCGCUGCUGGAGAAGAACGAGGAACUGAAGAAGCACCAGGAGAAGCUGGUCGACGAUUACUCGAUGAAACUGGAGAAACUGGAACAGGAGAAGUACAUCCUCAAGCGACAGUUGGACCAAACGACGAGCGAAAAUGAUGUCAUCAUACUGGAGCUGCAGACGGACAUCAAGCAGUUCAAGCAACGGCUGGACGCCCAGGAACAGAUCAUGCGGCAGAUGGAAAGGGAAAAGAACCUACUGAUCGAGGAGCUGACGGCCCAAAAUACCCGCCUUUCGAAUGAGCUGCAGAAAUCGAAUGCGGCCGAACUUCAGCUAACGGCGCAGCUAAACGAGAUCAAGGACCAAUGCAAUAGGCGGACGCUCAGCAUCCAAGAUCACGUCAAUAGUCUGGAAAGUCUGAAGAGUGAGCUGAGAAUGAUUCUGGACAAGAAAAAUGAUCUGGAAAGCCGAUUGCACAUGACGACCUCGGAGAAGGACAAUCUAACCAUUGCGCUGAAUGAAGCCUCCGAGAGGAUACUGAUCCUGGAGCGGAGUACCAAGGAGCAGGAUACCAAAUUCCAGAUGACGGUCCAAACGUUGGACCGGCUGGAGCGGGAAAAUGGAACGCUGAGUGAGCGACUGGAAUCGUUCGAUUCGCAACGAUCCGGACACAGCGGCGAACCGAUGACCCACGAAACCUCGCUGUUACAGGAGAUGAACGGGGAAGAUGACAUGAUGAUGGGGGAGGCUGGAGUCGGUACCGUCGGGGGAGUUACCAAAGAUGAAGUGCUGCUGCUCCAGCGGGAGGCCCAAUCGGUGUACAAACAGCUGAAGACGCUGUGCCAGACGCUGAGGAGUACACAUCAUGAUGAUGAUUCAGGUCUCCACUCGGACAUGUCCUUCUCGUCGUUGGACAACACCAGCUCAUCGCUAUCACCACACUCGGUAGACGUGGGCCUGGGUAGCUCCACAGGACACUCACUGCAACCAAACACCGGCUCACAUCCACACCGAUCCGGACCGGAAAAGUUCAGCCGGGGUAUGCUUUCGUCGGCCGCCGACGAACUGGUUCACAUCAUCAUGAACAUGGAUGCCAUGCAGUUCAAGACCAUGUUCGAGCAGACCCGGACCAUGGUCAUCGAACAGGAGGACGAGAUGAAGAAGAAGAACGAGCUGAUACGCAAUCUGGAGAGUAAGCUUUCGGUACAGGACAUCGAGCUGCAGAGUGCGAUUGAGGAGCGAAAUCAGGCCCGGGACGAUGCCUCCCACUCUAGUUUGGCUCAGGACGAGACCGUGGUGCAAGCUCGCAAAGAUCGGGACGCAGCCAUCGAACGGCGGACCAAGGCUGAGGUCGAGCUGGCGAAGAAUCGUGUUGAGCUGAUGCAGGCUAACAGUCAGCUGCUGGAGGCGAUCCAGCAAAAGGUCGAGUUGCUGCAGCAGCUCGAGCAGUGGCAGAUCGAUAUGCACGAACUGAUCGAGGAGCAGAUGAAGAGCAAGCUUAGCAAUGAAACUAGUACAAAACCAAACACGCCUCAGUCCCAGGGAGGAUCGGCCGGGUCUGCGACGACCAACAAUCGCAAGAGUCGUCUGCUGGAUCUGUUCUAUCAUCGAUGAAAACGUCGUCGGCGAGAAUCAUCUUUAAAAGAUAAGAUUAGGAAAAGAAAGGACAGAAAAACGGGAUUGUGUAAUGCAAAAUUAAAAAUCUAGCGAAACGUUUAAAAUCAAAAGGAAGCUUCGACUCGACUCUCCUUGGAAAUCUCAUCUAUUUUGCUACCCACCGAUUGGCAACACUGCCCGGAUGGACUUCAAUAACAGGCGGCGUCCUUCUGAAAACAAUUUUGAACAAUUGAUUAUCCUAAGUUGGUGAGCAAACUAAUAGAUGAGAUUGGCAACACUGGUUCCGGACCCGCGGAGAACACGAUUCGAAUUGCAUUUAUUUCCUGUUUGGGGAUCGGUAACUGUCAGGAAUCGGUUUUCCCAACACGGCCAGUGUUGCCAACGUGGGGGAUGCGUUUGAGAAACCUUGGAGCUCCCAUUGUGAUAGCUGACUGACCAAUCAGACGACUGUUUUCGAUCGUUGCAAAGCGUGGUCAAGAUUGUUUUAUAAAGAGUAGUUUUUUGUCGUCUUGAGCCUUGGCUUGGAGAAAGUGGAGAUGAAUCAGUAUUUUUUGAGCGACGAAAUACUAACCACUACAAUAUUGUUCUUUGUAUUUGUUUUAAAGAAAAAGACUUUUCCCCUGUUUGAUCGUUCAUAGCUAGAAUCGUACAGUGGCAACUUAACACAUAUCCCAUACAAUUAUCAUGUACACCAGAUUGACACGGUUGGAAAAUCGGACAGGUAAAUGCAUUUCUUCAGAGAAGACACUUUUUUAAUUAGUGUAGCUUAAAGUUGAUCAGGCAACGAAAUAGUCAAUUGACAAUUUUUUCUGAACUUCUAAUAGGAAAUUGAAUACGUCACAAUCUGUUUUUUUCGGAACAGGUUUUCUUCUCGAUUGCUAAAAAUCUUCUCGAAUUAUUAAUCUUUUUUUCUAAUGUUUUGCAAGGGUGCAUCAUAUCUCUUAAGAAAAGCAUUUACCCUAACAACGUGAAUCAUAUCUUGAGGAAAUACCAGAAAGCCUACAGAAAAACUAACACUAACAUGUACCAUAAUCUAACUUAUAUAAACAAAUGUUGUACCUUAGUUAACGUGAAAUGUACCGCAAGUCAGUGUAACCAAAAACGGAUGCAAAAAUUCUAAUUUUGUUCACUUAAGGGAAUGUUGAAUGAUUUUUUACCAAUUUUAAACAUUUCGACAACCAAAUUGAUACGUACUUAAAUCAUUCCAGUCAAAUUAUUUAAUCAUUUAAUCGAAUAGUUGUGAGUAAAUAAUCAUUGAUGGUUAAGAAAUAAAAAAUACAUUAAAAGAUAGUUUAAAUUGGCCUUGAAAAUUCAAAUUUGAUCUAGAAAAAUUGUUGUGAUAAUCGGAACAGGAUUAAAAACCUGUUCGAUUUCAGUAAUAUGGAAAGCAAAAAAUCUACAAACAGAGUGAAAUCAUAAGUGAUGACAAAUUACACGGGAUGCCUUUACCAGAAUCGGAAAAAAAUCAACAGACGCUUGAAAGUGACUUGCAGUAAAGAAAGAAAAUGAAAAUCAAAAAAUAUUUGAACUACACUUAGAUGCUAUAAAAAAUUUAGUUAACCAUGAGGUUUUUGUUUUCCAAAAAAUAGUAACAGUCGAACAAACAUGGCUUGUGCAUUCACACGAUUGGAGCAGGAAUUACUUGUACAUAUACUAAAACCCCUAUGUUAAAUAAAUAAAUCAUUGAAAAACUUUUUUUUACAACUGUUUAAAUCAAAACAUUAAAAAAAUACAGCUUCGACUCACUGAAUUUUACUUUAAAUUCAGAGAACCGCAUCUGUAUUAAAUUAGUUAAAUUCGAAAUCAUAAAAAAACUCAUCACCCGUCAAUCGAACCAAAUGUAUUUGGGAAACAGCUCUAACAGAAUGCAAAGUUUGAUAACUAAUAAACAGAAAUAACGGCUAACGAGGAACACCUAAAAUGAAGUUAAGGAAACAUGUGAAAACUAAUUAAGACUAUUUUGAUUUGUCUAACUACUACCUACUACCUACUUGUUGUACACUAUUGACAACGCUGCUGUGGAAGAUAGGCGAGCAAAUGAUAGAAAAUAAAACUGUAAUAUGAUGAGAUUAAAUUUUA